GCUUUCUCGAAGAAUCGAAAUUAAAGAGAAGGAGAGAAGGUUUUAGGCCGGAGUUGGGGACUGAUCUGGAUCCGCCGGCGAAAAACCAGAACCGUCACAUUCGUCGCCGGUAAUUAAGAAAGGAGAAAUAGAAAUGGAAGCCAAGUUUUUUCGAUUCUUGAAGAUUGUUGGAGUUGGAUACAAAGCUAGAGCUGAGGAAGCAGGACGUUUCUUAUACCUCAAAUUGGGUUACAGUCACGAAGUCGAGCUUGCAGUUCCUCCAGCGGUUCGAGUCUUUUGUUUCAAGAACAAUGUGGUUUGCUGCACCGGAAUCGACAAGCAGAGGGUGCAUCAGUUUGCUGCAACAGUAAGGAGUUGCAAACCUCCUGAACCUUAUAAGGGCAAAGGCAUAAUGUACAUUGACGAAGUCGUCAAGAAGAAACAAGGAAAGAAGUCGAAAUGAUCUCGCUCUCUCUCUUUUUGUAUGCUUCUUCCUUCUUACUUUGCAGACAACUUUGAUCCUUUUGUGAUAGAUUUUGAUUGGAUUUGCUUAUCAAUAAGAUAUAUUUGGAUGUAUGAAACAUCAUUUUGUUGUUAAGUCUCUUUCAAUUAAA